UACAGAUAUUUGGAAAAUUCGUAAAAAUGGAGGGAUUAACGAGUGAUUCUGCAACUCUUACGCCUCCAUCAUCGCCUCCGUUGGAAGAAUUCACUUCGAGAACAUUUCGCUGUUUCUCUUGCAAAGGAACUGUAAAUGUGACGAAUUGCAAUUUGAACGAAGAAGGUUAUUUAAAAAGCGGUUAUUUUAAUAGAUUAUUAAGGAGCGAAUUAUAUGAUUACAGUAAUGAUGAUGAUUAUUAUGAAGUAUUUGGAAUGACAAUAGUCAAAUCAUCUACCAUAAAUCAUUUGGAAUCAAUCGUCUCAAUGGCUAAAAAAUACAUAUCUAUGAUGCAGGCUAUUACUCAGCAAGUUUCUAAAAAUUCUUUAUUUGGUAUAAAUUCAUCUGAAUGUUUUCAUAUCAGAAAGAAUUUCUUCCUUUUUUUACAUCACGUGAAAGCUUUUGUUUUUAAUUUGACUAGUUAUAAAUACAAAUAUUUAUCAUCAUCUUCAACUUUCAAUCUUCUGGAUUUGUUGACAGUUCUUUUAAAAGAGUGGAGAGGAUUGUUGAUGUUUCUUGGCCGAAUCAGUGAUUUACCUAAUCAUGUCAUUUGUUUGGGAGUAUCUCAAAAUGGCAAUGCUUCUACUUCGGCAUCGUAUCAUCUUUUUCAUUUAUAUUUGGAUAUUUGGUGGUCGGCCGUUGAAUUAUUGUAUGUUAUAGAUACUGUUGUGACAAAGAAUAAGCUCGACCUGAUGGUUGAUUAUUCGAGACCUUUAAUACCUGGAUGUGAAGAUUUUUUUUCUCAGGUAAUUUUACUACUACUAUGGGAUCUAUGUUUUGUAGCUGUAAAUUGUCAUAAUAAUUUAUUGCCAUCUGAUUAUCAAACUGUAACACCAUUUACAUGCACCUGUAUUUAUGAAAUUUGGAUUAUGAUAAUUCACUUAUUGGAUUAUAGACAAAAACAAGAAAAGAAAUGCUUUUGGAACCAUAUUCAUUAUUUGUUUCAAAGAAUAUUAUCACUGUCUUUACCUAAUGUGGACAAUGAUGAUAUUCUUCUAGAUUUAUUUAUUUUAGAACCUGAAUCAUUUAAGAGUACUAAUCCUAUUGGAUUUUGUAUGUGGUUAUUGACACAUAUCACAUCUUUACAUAAAUAUGAUUCUACUGGUAAUUAUAUUUUAGAUAUUAAAAUUCAAAGAAAUUAUUCUAGUAUUCAAAGUUUAAUAAACUUAUCAUUAUCUGCUCAUUUAGAAAAAAAUGAUGAUGCACAAAUAUGUUGCAUUCUUCAUUGUUGUCAUAUAAUGUGUAGCAGUUGGGAAACAAAUAUGGACGUUAUUCUACCUAUAAUUGAUUUUUUUUUGAAGAAAAUUAAUGAGUCUUUUCAAUUAAAGUUUGGUAUCCAAUCAAUGGCUUUUACGAACAAAUCAAGUCAGCUGUGGUUAGAAGAAAUUAAAGAAAUAGUAAAUAAUAAGGAUAAAAUAAAAACGUCGGAUACAAUAUUUCAAAUAUUUUUACGUCUUCUAAGUUUACAAUUAAGCAAAAUUGGUAGUGAUAAGAAUAAUUAUUGGCGACAAAUUAAAGGUAGAGUAUACAGCAAAUUUCAUUCUCGUCGAAUGAAAGAACUCUCAGAAAUAGGAAUUUUUAAUUGUUUUACAUUAUUUCUUGUUCUUGCUGACACUACGGAUUUAUCAGAUAUUAGUUCAAAAUUGUGUGAUUUAGCAGUCACAAUUCACAAGGGUAGUAUGGGAGUUAAUAAAGAAAUGAUUUCUUGGAAGGCUAUAUUCACUUUGAUGGCAAUAUAUCAGGAACGAAAUAUCGACAUCUCACCUUUAACAAACAAUAUAAGUGAUCACUUUAAUCAAGUUUGUAUUAAUUUCAGCCAAAAUGAAAAUCAGCAUUCACUUAUGUUACUCAUUAAUACAUAUUUUGAAGGUGUUCAAAAUGUAAUACAUAAUAGUGACUCAUUGACAUUAUCUGAAUAUCUACUUUUUGAAAAAGGUUUAGAUAUUCUUUUAUCUAAAUGUAAAGGGAAUAGUCUUGGGCCAUUAUUAUCAACAAUUGAAAUUGUAUUGAAAAAACUUUACUUGAUUUUCCAAACAAACAAAUGUCCAAAUAUAAUAUUUACUAAAUUUCAAUCAUCCAUUCAUGAUCAUUACGUUAAAAUUUUUAAUAUGAUAUGUGAAUAUGUGCUUCCAUUUCUGUAUGGACAUGCAAUUACUCCCUCACCUUUACCUCAGACUGCAUUGAUUACCUCUACUUUAACUUACUUUUCAUUUUUGCUAAAAAUACCUGUUUUAAAUAGUAAACUUAACUUUUCAGAAUUAUUUAACUAUUUUGGAUCAAAUUUUAAAAUUAAUGCAAAUUUGAUAUGUGAUUAUUUAUGCAUAAUCUUAAAAGAGAAAGAAAUUUUAGGUUCUUUUACUACAGUUCAAUGUAACAUUGUUAUCAGAUCAUGGUUCCGUUGUUGCUUAUGUAUUAUCCCACCAUCAAAAAAAAUGCAAGAAUUUACUCGGUUAUUAACUUCAUUGCCACAACCAUCUAAUUUUUUAAAGCAAAUUGAUUAUCAUGGUGAAAAGCAUGAUGAGUUAUUUAUUCACUUUUGUUGCAAAUUUCCUAAUUUUUCAACAGAAGAAAAAUUAGUAUUGAAAAAUAUUUUACAGUAUGCUUUACAAGAUUUUGUUUUAUCAUUGACAGUUUUGUUAAAGACUUCUGCUAAUAUUUCUAGAGAAAUGAUUUCUCAUAUUUAUAAUUUAUGUAGUCCUCUUGUUGAACAUUGUGCCCCAGUUUUAUAUGUAAAGUCAAAGCCAGAUUGCAUAUUACCAACUUUAAUAGAUACUGUCAUACUUCCACAUGUGAUUUAUGUCAAAAAUAAAGAAGUACCUUCUGUUCUACUUGGAUCUAUUGAAGAACAUAUGGCAUCAUUUGUACGAGGCUUAACAAAGAUUAAUUUUUCUACUGAUCCAUAUUUACAGAGGAAAUUAAAGGACAUUGUCAUCCAAUAUUUGCCUCGAUUUUUAAUAAAAUGUGAUAAAAUAAAUCUUACUGCAAAGAUUCAUCCUUUGCUUAAAACUUUAAUACAAUUGCCUUCUACAGUUGCAGAUGAAUUUAUGGUGUUUGUAAUUGAAGUUAUAAGAGAUCAUUUUGUUAAAAGAGGAAGCAGUUCUUAUCAACAUUUUUCUUUAAGUAUUCUUUUUCUUACCGAACUUUUUAAUUUUAUAAAUUUCACACAGAAAAAGAAUUUAAUAUCAAAGUUACUACCAUCGUUUUUGGAUCAAUUACUAUUAAAUGAAGAUAAUUUAACAAAUCAACAAUUAAUGGAAUUUAUUUUAAAAAUGAUUAAAACUUGUGAAAACGAACUUGGUUUAGAUUUCAGGACUGAUUUUUUGUUACCUUCUCUACAAACAUUUUUACAACAUAAUCUACCAUGGAAGACAAAUCGUGUCUUUAAACUGAUGCACGAUUUAUCUGGACAAUUUCCUAAGCUUUCUACAGAUUUGAUUCCUAUUUUAUUAAAGCAAGUUCAGAUAAUUGAAAAGAAACGAGGUGUUGGAUUAGAUCAAUCUUUAAGACAGGGACUGUCAUUAAUUAUUAAAAAAUUAGAAGAUAAUAAAUCAUAAUUAUACUGUAUAUAAAUAAUAAUUGAACUGUUUGCUAUUUUUCUAUUGAAAAACAGAUGUAAAUAUUUAUCAAUAUUAAAGAUUUUUUAGUAAAUGUUUGUUUAAUAAUUUUACUUAGAAAUCUGAAAAUAGGAAAAGAAUGAAUUACUUUUGUAAACCAUAUUUUAUAUCUUUACUGUAUAAUACUUUACUGUUUAAUACUAUUUUGUAUAAAAUCAUAGACAAUAGUCUCAAUAGAAAAAUGAAAAGUUGAUAUAUAUAUAUAUGUAUAUAUAUGA